CUGUAUGGCGUAUUACCCCAGAGCAGCCAAAACACCAUAAAGAGUUAAGAGCAUGGAGGAGAUUCUUAUAACCAUUCGAAACAUCGUAGUACAUCAAAGUGCUGUACCGAGAUCCGUCUAUCACGAUACAUUUCAAAGUCCCUUCUUUCAAGUUUCAAGCCACGCAGCGGCAGAUGAACACUCCAGCUCCCGACUGCCACUUUGUCCGCGUUUCUCAGACUGUAUAACUGAAUCUUCUCCCAGACUAAGCUCCGCAAGAGUGUGGAGGUCGAGUGAGCUUGGAAUCUCGGAUCAGUGUGUUUCGUGAACGGGAAUAAGUCUAUCCCGGGCUAUUUAAUUGAUCUCUCAUAUAUCCUGUUGAAGAGAAAUAUCAAAAAUCACAGAAGAGGAGCACAAUAGAGACUGAAUCUGGACAAAAUGCUUCCCAUCGUCGUCGGCGCCACGCCGUCGUCCGUCGCGAUGACAUCGGCCUUUGUCGCUGCUGCGGGUGCCUACCUCAACGCCAAGUUGGGUAUCUCUACAGAUCUGACAAACCUCUACCAUGACCGAGAUUUUGGCAAACGGCUGGCCCAAUGUGUCAAAGAUCUGGGAGAGUCACAGACCGUAUACGGGUUGCUACAGCGAGGUGUCGAGAUUCACGGCAAAGGCGCGUCCGAGGCGCUGUGGUUCGAAGGCAAGACCUGGACAUAUGCUCAGUUGAAAGACCUGGUCGACAAAUUUGCUGAGGUGCUCCAUGCCCGGGGUGUUCGACCGGGUGAUUUCGUCGCGGUCUUCACAACGAACUCCCCGGAAAUGGUUAUCUGUAUACAAGCACUCUCGAAACUGGGUGCAGUGGCUGCUAUGAUCAAUACCAAUCUGCGAGACGAGACCUUCCUCCAUUGCUUGAACGUCUCCAAUGCCAAGUUGAUCAUUGCAUCGCCAGAUCUGGCCCAGUUUGUUAUCGGGGAUCAACCGCGCAUAUCAUUGAACAUAGGAUCGUUUGACGGCAUCAUUCCUGACACGGCAGAGCUCAUCAGUCUGCAGGACCUUCAGACACAGCCGAGCACGGGUUUAAAGGCUGCGAAACGCUCUAUCGUUGAUCUGGCUGUUCUUAUCUAUACAUCGGGAACGACUGGCAUGCCCAAGGCCUGCGCUGUCCCGAACAUGCUGAUGCUUGUCACGGCGAACCCAUUAACACGAGACCUGAGCAAUCCGUCCAAGUACUAUCCGAUGAGGAUAUACUCGCCAUUGCCCCUUUUUCACGGCACUGCUAUGUUCGCUGGAAUGUGUUAUUCGCUGGGUAACCUGGGGACUUUCUGCUUGCGACGCAAGUUCUCUUCUUCACAAUUCUGGAAGGAUGUCCAUGACUCGCGCGCGACUCGAAUCAUGUACAUUGGUGAACUGUGCCGGUACUUGCUAGCCACUCCGCCAUCACCAUACGACCGCAACCAUUCUUGCAGGGUGGCGGCUGGCAAUGGUCUACGCGGGGAGAUUUGGGAGCGCUUCAAGGAGCGUUUCGGAGUGCCUGAGAUCCGUGAGUUCUACCGCUCGACAGAAGGUGUCGCCAAAUACGACAACAUGGGGGAAGGCGCCUGGGGUGUUGGCAAGAUCGGAUUCUCAGGACCCAUCAGGCGUCUGGUGGAGGACGAUGUCAUCAUCGUCAAGUAUGAUCCAGAGACCGAGAUGCCGUAUCGGGAUCCGAAAACGGGAUUCUGUGUCAAGGCCAAGUUGAACGAGGAAGGUGAAGCCAUUGGCCGGGUCAAGAAUCGCGCCCUUUUAACAGAAUACUUGGGCAACAAGGAGGCGACGGAGAAGAAGUUGAUUCGAAAUGUCUUCCGGAAAGGAGACCUCUUCCAGCGAAGCGGUGACCUGCUAGUCCAUGAAUCCUCGGGCUGGAUUCGUUUCCAGGACCGCGUGGGGGAUACUUUCCGCUGGAAAGGAGAGAAUGUUAGCGCGGGAGAGGUCAGAGAUCACAUCUGUCGGCUUCCAGGAGUACAUGACGCCGUCGUAUAUGGCGUAAGGCUUCAGAGCUAUGAUGGCCAAGCUGGUGCUGCAGCUAUCACACUGGAGAAAUGGACACCCGAGAGCGAGAGGGAAUUUAUAUCCACUCUCUAUAAGGCACUCAGGGCUAAGGGCGUGCCCACCUACGCUAUACCUCGUUUUGUCCGGUUUAUCGAAAAAGUUUCGACUGGUGUCACCUUCAAGCAAGCAAAAGGCGACCUGGCCAAGAAAGGAUGGGAUCCACGAAAAGACGCGGGCGGUGACUCCCUGUACUGGCUGAACGGAAGCCAAUAUCAACCUCUCGACGAGAGCAGCUGGACUGGUAUUGAGGCUGGUGCUGCAAAGCUGUAAUGGGUUCCCCAGCAUGUGGGUAGAACUUAUAAACAGACGGGAUCCAGGACGAGUUAUAGCUGUAGAGUAAACGUAUAUGUACGAAAUGCAAAUGAUCUAAUCGCGACAAAUAUGUCAGGGAUAUCAUUUUAGUCGCUUAAUACCGAAGAUGCGUGUUUCGUCGAGGGAAUCGGUCCUCUAUGCUUGCUUUCAGCAGACUGCAAGGUUGUAAUGCCUUGAUAGUUGUGAUAAAU